AUGUCUCUUGGAACUCUGUGGACUGUCCCGCAGCAACCGCAAGGCAAAUACAUUCGCGCUGUCGCUGCUAUCGGUGGUCUCCAGAUCGAUCUUCCUGAGGCUUAUACACAUUUUGAAGACAACAAGAAACCUGAGUUCCUCUCUAAAUUCCCUCAUGGAAAAAUUCCAGCUUGGCAGGGCAAGGAUGGCUUUUUGCUGACCGAAUCGUAUGCAAUCGGUCGCUAUCUUGCCGCUUUGGCUCCCAAUUCGGGGCUUCUGGGCUCUUCACUACAGGACGCAGCACUGAUCGAUCAAUGGGCCUACUUUACUGGGACCGAGCUCCAGCCAUAUGUCAUGCUGAUCUUUCUACUCGUUAAGGGGCACGUCACUCCGUAUAGCAAACCCAUGCAUCAAAACGCGAAUGAACGAGCAAUUCGUGCUUUCAAAACACUGAACUCGGUUCUUGCAUCCCGCACCUUCCUUGUCGGCGAGCGUAUCACUCUCGCUGACCUUGUUGUUGCUAGCGGCCUUGUACGGGCUUUCGCUGUAAACUUUGAUGCUGAGCUCCGCAGUCAGCUUCCGCACGUUGUGCGUUACUUUGAGACUGUCGUUAACCAACCGAAGGUAAAAGAAAUUUUUGGAGAAACUGAAUUCGUCGAAAAGGCUUUGCAAUAUACACCUCCGCCUAAAGAAAAGAAGGAACCGAAAGCAGCGGAGAAGAAGGCCGAGAAGAAGGCUGAGAAGAAGCCUAAAGAUGACGAUGAUGACGAAGAGGAUGAGAAACCUAUAGAGGAGCCAAAGCCAAAGAACCCACUUGACCUGCUUCCUAAGUCGAACUUCAAUCUGGAGGACUGGAAGCGUGCCUAUUCUAACCUGGACACUCGCGGACCCGGGGGUUCGCUCGAGUGGUUCUACGAGAAAUUCGACAAGGAGGGAUUCUCUGUCUGGCGUGUCGACUUCAAGUACCCAGAGGAGCUCACCUUGACCUUCAUGUCAUCAAACCAGAUUGGCGGCUUCUUCAACCGUCUGGAGGCGUCGCGUAAAUAUCUCUUCGGUUCCGUGGGUGUGCUUGGCGAGAACAACAACUCACUCAUCUCUGGUGUGCUCAUCCUUCGUGGGUCGGAGGCCAAACCCGUCGUGGAGGUUGCUCCGGAUUGGGAGUCAUACGACUUCAAGAAACUUGAUCUUAACAACCCGGCAGACAAGCAGUUCUUCGAAGCUGCACUCGCGUGGGACCUGGAGAUUGAUGGCAAGAAGUGGGCAGAUGGCAAGAACGUAAGUCUCCAUUGA